GGACCUUACCAAAAAGAGAAACAGCCCAGCGGUCUAAAAGUCAACCGGCCUAAUGUUACCACAAGCCACAAACCAAACCGUAUCGACCUAGGUUUAUAAUACACAUACACAAGGGUGAAUAAAAUAGCUUUGUUGUCAGACCAAACCAAGUCCAAAAGCAAUCAUCGCAUUUCUCUUCAAAAAAAAAAAGAAAGUAGCAGCAGAUCUAAGCAAAACCUUUUAUACAUUCAAGAAAAUGGAAACAACAGCUAGAAGAAGCGGUGGUGGUGGUGUUCUUGAAGGAUUUUACAGAGUAAUUAUGCGCCGUAACUCUGUUUAUGUUACCUUUGUCAUCGCUGGCGCUCUCCUCGGUGAAAGGGCUGUGGAUUAUGGGGUUCAUAAGAUCUGGGAGAAGAACAAUGUUGGGAAGCGUUAUGAGGAUAUUUCAGUUUUGGGACAGCGGCCGGUUGAUGAAUAAGUUCUCACUAAUGGAGUUUAUUUGGAUGAGACAGAAGUUCUUGUUAUCAAUCUUUCAAUAAUCGUUUUGCUAAUCGGCCAUGCUGGCUUUCUUUUAAACAUUUGCUGUAGUUUUGGGAGGAAGUUCAUUGAAUGAAAUACCAACUUGAAAUUUAUGUCAUAUUGGCUUGUGUUUGACACUAUGGGGUUGGACAGGAAAUAAUCAAAAUUGUGCCAAAAAGAAAUACUUUCUUGCAUUUUAUAUGAAAGUAUUUGAUGUUAA